AUGCUGAGGUAUUUCAUCUUUCUGCAUGCAUUUAUAUAUCGAUAGCCGAGAAAUUGAUUAUUCCUUAGAAGUUAUACGCCUGUUGCUUCCUUCAGUCUCGUAACAAAAACCUCCUUAUACCCGGAUAUUGAUGAUUUCGCGGGAAUAGAUAUCGAAAUUGAAGCGGGGUGUCGAAAACGGGUAAAAUAAGGGGGUGUGGGACUGCCUCUAAAUUUAAUAGAAAACCGGAACUCCCUUGUCGUCACAGUUUUUCCCUUAACAAUUAAUGGCUUGCCCAUGAGAUGAUUCCUCUUUUAUUCUGCUGUUGUUACCGUUCAGCUCAAGUCAAUAUGGAUAUGAGAGGGAAGGGAAUGAAUUGUCAUCGACCAUAUUCUUGAGAGCAGACUUUGUUUUCUCAACUUGAAUGAUAUUAUUGAGAUAAUCGACGUCUGGGACAGCAACAUCCAAACCUACCUGAACCCCCUGUUAAUAGCAAAAUCUCUGAGACUAUCGAGUCGACAUUUUAUGUUGGGAGAAUGUAAGACGGAAGACAGCCUUUGCGGAAGCGAGUGUUUAAAUAUCGUUGCUGAUUUGCCUCCGUGAAACUGUCUGGGUCGGCUGAUAACAUCCCUCGACAAUCUUCGGGACAUCCACCAAAUGAACAUUGGUGGGUAAAAUCGAAGAUGAGUAAUCGUCUUUCUCAGAACACGGUUUCACAAUCUGCAACACCUAUAUCAUCAUUGCAAAGGCCGUGCCCACUGUGCUUAUGCCAUCAUUGACGACUGAAGUCAAACACCUCCUGUAAUCUGAAUCACCCUUUAUUAACCACGCAGCCGGAAACUAACUCGGAACCUCCUCUUCGGUCUUCCAAAGCCUCAAGUUUUACUCCUUUCGACAGACAAUGGUGGAAACGGUGCCAACAAGGACGGUGGUACUGGGCUCGAUGUUAAAAAACUGACUAGCUUCUUUGAAAAGGCGGAACAGAUAGCCAAGGAGAGUGUUCAGGCCGCAGUACCACCGCCGGAGGCGGAAUUCAGAUCGAAACAGGUGGAGGCGCAGGAAGUUCCUGUCAUACCAAAGAAGGCUGACGCCCAGGAGGUGAGUUCUGCUCAUAACCGUUCCUUCCUUCGUAGCCCCAGUUUGUCUAUUUGAAAAAGACCUACCUGUAUCUAUCUUCGGUACAUUUGGUCUGUUGGAAAUGAACCACGAAAAUAACAACAUUUGUGACAAGUUUUUGAAAGCCCACAGGGCCUGCACACAACGGUAUGUUGAUACAAACCUGGUCUGGGGAGUUCAACUCCCAGUACUAUUCCGUCCAACAUCGUUUGUCUGCUUUAGCUCAUAGGUCGCUGAUUUAUGUCGUGUAAUCGGAAAAAUGCCAUACAAAACGAGCUAUUUGCUUGUCUUCCCCCCUCCUCCUCUUCAUUUCUCAUCCUCCUCUUAUUAUUAUUGCCCAUUUAGGUGACAAAAAACAACUAAAACGCCUUUUCGAGAAUUGUUGACGUAAGCAAAUGCUGCCCUCUUCAUAAUACUUGUCCUUUUUUCAAAUUCGCAGCAAUCUAGGCAGAUCUCAAAAGUGAAUGAAAUUGUCGGCCUGCCGUAAACAAUUCAUGACCUCCCUGAGGGUCGCAUAGUCAAACGAAAUGGCGGCAACUGUCGAAAGGUUGUUGUGGCCCCGUAUGUUAAUAAAAAAUCUCUUGACUUCGUCAAAAAUUGCACCACUUGCGGCGUGACUUAGAAAAAAAUGCUUAUACAGCUGGUUAGACUAGCACUCAGAACACUGUCCGCCUAAGUCAACGCCCGGCUGGAACAGCUUUAAAUGGUCAAACAAUAACAGUACCGAUUCUAACGCAUAUCGGAGAUUUUCUGAACUUGUCGUUAAGUGUAGUUACUCGGGGAGAGGGGGACACUCGUCGACCCGGCCUAAUCACCGGACGGAGUACGCACCUUCCGUUCCACCCGAGGCAACAAUCUCAGUUGAUUCUCCUGAUCUGGGGUUCGGUUAUGUUUGGUCGCUGAUGGAAAGGAAAUCAGAACAUAGGCAUUCCUGUCUCAUCUCUUUCCCAGUUAAGCUCUCGCCCUUUCGUGCCCAAGCGUGACUCAUUAUCAGUCACCGUAAAUUUGGCGAUAAGUUUCGAUCUCGCCUCCGACUCUCAACCUGCUAACAGAUGCUGCAGGUUCGAAGAAUUUUCUUUUGUGUGUUCCACCUUAUAAUCUUCAAGUUCAUUUUUUACAAAAGAAGUUCUCGAAGACAUUUCGCCCCGAAAUUUCUUUGCCAAUUCUCUCAAAGUCUUUUCAUACGCUCAUUCUCCUGUGGAUGUAAUAAUGAUAAGAAUCCCGCUCUGUGCCUAGGUAUUUUGCUCUCCGACCCUCGCACCAAAGUUACCGCUUUGUUUAAUAGCUCUCUGUGGUCGCUGAUUUCAGUGAGUGGUUUCAAGGUAUUCCAUUUCACUGCCCUCUCCCCUAGACGGACACAAAGCGCCGUCGUAUUUCUGCUCCCCGACUGGUUCCAUGGACUUCCAAUCGUUUUCUUAAGGAGGUCAAGUGCAAGAAGUUUGUAUCCGACUCGCCUGCAAAGUCCUUCGCGAAGAUGUUUCGUGAGAGCACUUUUGUGCAGUUGGGGAACUUCAAACAACGCGAGGUAUCAAUCAUCUCUCUACCGUUGAAAUGGUAUUUUGCUGCUUUCAAAAUUCUCAGUUCUUUGCACAGUAAAUGACGAUAUUUUCAACAAGAGUUUUCUAUGCCGUCUAUGGCCGAAACGUUAUUUCGCCACAGUCAGACAUGGUUUCGAGUAUGUCCGACCGUUUGGCGUCUUGCAUCCUCGUAGCUAAAAAGUAAAAAUAAUUGCUACUUGUUAAAAUUACGUACUAUACCAAGUCGUCUGUUCACUUUGGGUGAGGGCUUGUCUUUUCUACAGACCGUACUGUUGGCAAUCUUGGCGUUGCUAAGGUUGGAGGUCAUGGUAACCAAUCGAUGGCACGGUUCUGAUCUAUGCUAGGCACCGGUUAACCAUUACGUAUCUCGCCUUCCAGGUGAAGGAAGUGGAGGUCCUCUUACCCGCCAAAUAUUUGACGAGACACCUGCCCGUAACCAGUGGCAAUUCUCAGUCCUCACUACUUAUACCCACGUUCACCUGAGUUUGACCCUCCUCUUAACAUCCGACGGAGCGGAAAGCCCGGACUAGAUAAGAUCUAGUAGGUGUUGACAAACAACCUAAAAACCAAUAUGCAGCCGUUCGACUUGCCAGCUCAGCUUACUGUCUGGCCCUUUUUUCCCCAGCUAAUCGGUGUAGUCAUCGAAAACGCCAACGACACGGACCUCUACAUCGAUUUUGGUGGAAAGUUUCACGCCGUCUGCCCGCAGCCCCAGGGCCAAUUUUACCCUCGAGGCAGCCUCGUUCGCAUUCGCCUGCGUGAUCCCGAGAUGGCCAAUCGGUUCAUGAUCAACACCAAGGCCAUCAGCCUGCAUGAGGCCGAUGCAAUCCUCUUGGGGCCUUAUCGCGGUCAGGUGGUUCCUCAAUCUGAAGCCUCCCUAAACUCCGGUUUCAUCCCCAUCUCCGAGGAGUCAAGCUCCUCGUUCUUACCUGUCCGCGACAACCGAAAUGUGGUCUCCUCAGAGCACUGGAAACUGGACUAG